GUGCCGAUGUCUGGCAGAUGGACCUGGAGAGAAGACUCGUUCAACCCUUGCCUGGAGUUUGUCAGCAAUAACCCAACUUUGGAUAAACAAGACAGGAGAAAAAAAGCCAAGCCUAGUGAUGUCAAAGGUCAUCUGGAGAGGACAUCCGCUGGUGUUCCCAGAGCAGGAGUGCUGGCAGGCAGAGCUGCAACAGCAGGACCCAAGCUCCAGGCAUUCUCACUUGGCAGCAGGGAGCAGACUGACCACACCACAGUCACACUCAGCGACAUCAAAAAUGUUGCCCUGGAAACCCUGUCAGAACAUCACAACAUUCCGAUUCACUUUGAGAUGUUGUACAGAAAGGAAAGAUUUGACGAUUUCCUGUUACAUCUGCUGCAUUAUUUUAACUGUUAUUUUCAACAAGAUGAACAUGGACAACAAAAGGAACCUUAUGUACAUUGAGCCAUGCAAGGGUGAGAAGGUUGAGUACGCAAAUGUCUGUGACAGACUCAAACAUGCCCAGAAAAUGCUGGGAGGAGCCUACAGUCUGUUGUUGCUAGGGCUGGAGUUGGAGGAGCAGCAUCAUAUGGCAUGUGGCAGAUCAAAACUGUCAAGGACAAACACCGACCGCAGUCUGUUCGAGACAUUCUACCAGUUCUGCACCUACUUUGUUUGGAUCACUUUCUACAGAAAACAGUUUGUGCAGAUCCAGCAGGAAGUUGGAAGACUUCUGAGGUCAGACACCUUCAACCCUGCCCUACGUGCCCAGGCUGAGACUGCAGGGACUGGUGGGACAGAACUUACCAAAGCUGAAGACAAGGAAGAAGUUUGGAAGGAACAGACAAUGUCGGAACAAGAACAGAAAUCAACACAAAGAGAGAGCAGGCGGCACUAUCCGAAAAGACCAGCAAUCAAAUCCAUUGUCAAUCAGAGAUCUCCAGCUAUUAUAUCUAUCCUGCCAUCACCCAAAGAAGAAGCCCACAGGCUGUUUCGACGCCCACAUGAGAAAACUGAAAGGAGCAGUUUCUACGCCCUGAGGGAUGCAGAAGCUGAUGAUUACACAGAGAACAACCUCCUGGACCAGAUGCUAGAUGUCAGCAGUUUCAAAGUAGGACUCUUGGGACAGCUCUACAGACAGUUCAACCCACUGACGCUGUCUCCAGUGGGACCAGAGGCUGGAGGUGAAGCAAACACAGAUGACCAUGAAGAAAACAGUGCAAUUUUAUUUUGGGUCGCCAAAGGACAGGAAGCUGCAAUCUGUGAAGUUUGUGCCUUGCAUGCAGCACUCAGCCGCCAGGCGACAGCCAUCUCACGGGCUACAACUGAAGCAGUCUUCACAGACGAUGAGUGUUAG